ACACUAACUUCACUUCAAGAGUUUAUGCUAGUCAUAAUUACUUGGAAAAUCUUAGACAAUUAUUUUCAUUAAAGCCUUUGGUUCAUUUGGUGGCAAUAGAUUUGACUUGCAAUCCACUGGCUAGUCACUCAGCUCAUUAUCGGUUGUUUUGCAUUUAUCACUUCCCAACUAUAAAAGCAGUUGAUGCAAGAGCAGUGACUAAUACAGAGAUUGGGCUUGCGAAGGAGAAACUUGGUGGAAGACUCUCCCAAGACUUGGUUUAUGAGAAGUGUCACAGCAAUGACUUCAAUGCAAUAAAGAAAUUGGACUUUGUUCAAUGUGGCCUAAAGCAUGUAGACCUCUCUCCAGUUAGUAGUCUUGACAAUCUAGUUAGUUUAAAUCUUGAACACAAUUCCCUCACGAGUUUCUCUGGCCUGAUACAUCUCAGCAAAUUAAAGGUUCUCUGUCUCAAUCACAAUCGUGUGGAGUACCUUAUCAGACCGACUGGCAGUGGACCCUCUUCAACAUCAUCAGGAGGAGGAGGAGGAGGUGAUCCUGUAAUGCAGAACCUACAAGUCCUUCAUUUAGCAUACAAUGGAAUCAACUCACUAGUGCCUUUGCAAUUGUACAGACUCCCUGGACUAAGAGCUCUCUUUCUACAAGGAAAUGAGAUCAGUCGUAUUGAAGGAUUGGAUGGACUCCAUCAUUUAACUGAGCUGGUCCUUGAUCGAAAUAAAAUAAAGUGCAUGCAAGAAAACUCACUGCAACAUUUGGUGACUCUUAAAGAGUUCCACCUUGAAGAGAACAGAUUGUCUGAUCUCUCACAUUUUGAAUCUGUGAAGAAUUUAGAGAGACUUUAUCUAGGGAUGAAUAGGAUACAAGAUUAUAGCGAACUGGAGAAGUUAGGCUGUCUUUCUUAUUUAAUAGAAUUAUCAAUUAUUAGCAAUCCUAUCUCUAGAAGGAUGCAACACAGGUCAUUACUGAUAUACAAGUUGCCCUCUUUACAAUCACUAGAUGGUGUUAUGGUAACAUCUGAUGAGAGACAAACAGCAGAAGCAACUUUCAGUGACAGAUGCCAACAUCAAGUACAAUACUUGUACUAUACAUGUACAUGUUUAUGA